AUGGUGGAAGACAAAUCGGCGCUGUUGGUGGUGGAAAACCAACCGCCGCUCUUACUCGUGGGAAAGCCAAAGCCGUUGAUGCUUCGACCUCACAAGCACCACCACCUCACAAUAGCGGAGAGGGUACAGCGAGAGAUGGGGUUCCACUGGUGGUCGAAGAUGGUUCAACCUCUCGGUCACAGAGACAGAACGCCGGAGAUGAUACAGCCACAACCCCACGACAACGACCUAGGUCAAGCGGCGGCGACGGUGGUUCUUCCCAGUGCUCCAAUCCACGACGCCGUACUCCAGACUCUCAGGCGACUGUAUCUCGAACAACAUCUAUUCCUCAGCAAUUCCGAGCUUCAGCUAAUAGGCUUCCAUUUGCCUGCCCUAUCAUCUCAAGCUCAAGCUCCAUCCAAUCACCAAAGUCCCAGCAUCAACCUCAAUCGCGAUCCACAACAGGAAGCCCAUAUGUUUAACCAACCAAAAGCUGCUGCCAUUGAUAAUGAAGAUGAUGAAUAUGACGAGGAUGAAGGAGAAGAACUCGAUGGUGAAGAACACGAAGCUGAAGAAAACGAAGCUGAAGGAUUGGAAGGUUAUCACGUACCACCAGUUGGAGGAGACGACCAGCAACUCUUGGACAAUAUUUUGUCUCUUCCAGGACGAGACAGACUACCGCUCCGGAUACAUAUUGGUAAGUUUAUUGUCAUAUGA